UACGUCAUCAACACGCGCCGGCGAGCAAACUCCUACCCAGACGAGAAGGUUUGAUGUUCCGGGGCUGAUUUGUUUGGCAGGUGUGUGUGUGUGUGUGCGCGCGCGCUCAGUUUCCUCCGUAUUUAAAGUUGAUUAAUAACUAACACACACACACACACACACACACACUUCUCUCUUCAUGCAGAGUUACUGAGUGUGAGCACAGCCCAGCUUGUGUGUCUCCCACAGGAUGUCUUUAGGUUGUCUGAGGCUGUCUCUGAGCCGUGCAGCGAGAGCCUGGUGUCCCUCGACAAGCCCAGUCACGCUCCUCCUCCUGUACAAAACCCGCUCUAACAGAACCACAUGGGGUUACUUGGGCAUAAAGCUCCAGCAGUGGACGCGGUUCUCAAGCGUAGCGGGUGACGGCGGAGACGCCUGUGAGGACGGAACUCAGGAGGAGGAGAAGAAGAAGAAGAAGAAGAAGCGGGACCCAAAAGCUCGAACCACCAUCAGCAGCGUGGGCAGGAAGAUCCACCAACGCCACCUGCUCCUGCUGGACGAGGACGGCGAGAACCUGGGGACCGUGCACCGGGCCGACGUUCUCAGGCUCAUGGACGAAAAAGGGCUGAAGCUGGUGCCUGUGAACGAGAACGCAGAGCCACCGGUGUACCGGCUUAUGAGCGGGAAACAGAUACACGAGGAGCAGAUGAGACUCAGGGAGAAACAGAAAGCCAAGGCGACAGGCGUCGUCCAGGUGAAGGACCUGACUCUGUCGUCCGAUAUCGCUCUACACGACCUGGACACCAAACUAAAACAAGUGUCCAUCUGGCUGGAGAAAAAGCAUCACGUGAGACUGACGCUGAGGCCGAGACGCGAACAGAGCGAUCAGGCGCUGAACUCGAUUCUGGACGAGAUGAUCGGGAGAAUAACGGCUCCGUUCGGCUUUGUAAACAAACCCAAACUCAUCCGCGACGGUCAGGCGGCCAGCUGCGUCCUGCGUCCUCCGUCCGCUAAAGAGCUGCAGGCGCAGGGGACGCGGCCCGUGACACGGGCACCCUCUGAACCCAACCCAGAGAGACAGGAGGCACGUGGAUCUCCGUCAGAGCGCGACAGAGACUCUCAGCAGCAGUGAUGUAAUGUGACGAAAGUACAACAGAUUGUUCACACACGGUUCAUAUAAAUGUGAUUAAUCUCAGGAUGGAGGCUGAAGGAAUGAAAAUCUUAAGUAUCACCUUAUUUGUUUUGGGGUCCACAUUUUUAUGGUAACCUAAAAAAAAAAAUAAGAGCAUUGCCAUGGCAAACUGCUCUUUACCGUACUCUGGUGUAGAUCAAGCAACAAGUAAAUAAAUAAUGGAAUGAGACUGUAAUUUCCUAUAAAAAUACCCCAUGGUUUUAUUUUACUGGCUCUGAUUGAACAGUGGGGUUGAGAUCUGACUGUUGGUUAUCAGACUUCUAUCAGAUACACAGAUUUGGUUUGGAUUCUCAAUGGCCGGUCACUACAAUAUCAAGAGUCUGUUUAAAUUCUGAUUGGACAGUGACUAUAUUUAGAAAUUCUGAUUGGCUGCUUUCUGGUAUAUUAUGAGAUUUGAUGAUUUCUGAUUGGCUGUUGAUUUCUGAUUGGCUGUCUUCCAGCACAAGUGGCUCUAAAACGAGAACAACAGAACUUUCAGAUGCCAUUAGAUCAUCAGACACGGACAGGUUUGUUACUCCAGCGUGGACUUCGGGUUCUGAUGACAUCACGGGUUCUGAUGAGCCGCUGUCUGAUUGGCUGGACACAUGGUUUGUCUCCCGGGUUUCUGUUUGCCGUUUGUUUGGCGUUUUGUAGCCACUUAAAUGAGACGCCAGGGAUCGUGUUGGACGGGGUUUCUUCUAAAAAAAAAAAAGAAAAAAGUUUUUUUACAUUUCUAUGUCUAUUAAGUCAAUUUUCAGCUUUAUAAUCUGUAACUAAAGUCAGUCAGAAAUCUAUUAAAGCUUAUGGGUGGAAUUUACUGCCUUACUGUUACUGUAUCUAAUCACUAACUGUGUACAAUAAAUUAAUUUGCAGCCGAUACUGUAAAUCUAUGUUUCUGGAGGUUUAUCACCACGCUAUACAGCGUAAGAACCACAAGAUCAAUAAAAUGCCAUCAUUUCUGGAGGAAGAAUGUAAUCCUUACCUGUUUCUUUCUCUCGGGGUCAUGAACCACAGAGUGUCUCUGUAAACUUUGCUGCAAAAAAAUACAUAUUUUUACAUUAUUAAAACCUUUAUAACAAAGCAAAAUUAAACUUGACCCUCUUUUUUAACACUUAAAACUAGUGCUAGUAUAUGUUUUAAGGAACAGAUGAUAAAAGAUUCACAGUUUAGCUCCAUUAGUUCUGGCAGAUCAAACAGUCAGGAACUUUGGAUCACGAGCAUAAUUGGUCCUGGAAGCGAGCUAGUAUUUCAAAACACUUGUACAUCAAAGUGAAUUCCCCCCCCCCCCCCCCCCCCAAAAAAAAAAUUAAAA